AUGGAGGUUCCCAAAUGCAGCAAAUAUUCCUACUCCAGGUUCUGGUCGCAGCUUUGGGCACUUGCUUGCCCUUCUUGGAAUUCAGAGACGAACAAUGAAAGCUAUACUACAGCUCUUCAGUGUGAGGCCUUAAGCAACUGUAGGGAAAUGGAUGCACAGCCCUCCACCGACAGUGUUCCACCUUCUCUGCACAAACUUCAGCCCUGCCUAUCAGCAGCUUCCAUAGCUCAUUGGGUGAUUCCGUCUCCUCCACCACCACCUCCACCACCACCUCCACCACCAGAAGAAGACUAUAGCUGUGAGUUCGGGUCACUAAAGUAUCUGAUGCUGUGCUCCCUGGGUGGUGUCAUAAGCUGUGGAGUGACUCACACAGCAGUAGUACCGCUAGAUGUAGUGAAAUGCCGGAUGCAGGUGGAACCCAAACGUUACAGGGGACUUGUGCAAGGCCUUAUGCUUACCGUGCAAGAGGAGGGAAUGCGUGGUCUGGUCAAGGGAUGGGCCCCAACCGCUAUAGGUUACUCCAUGCAAGGACUUGGCAAGUUUGGCCUUUAUGAGACCUUCAAGAUAUUUUAUGCUGAAUUGCUGGGACCUGAACGUGCUUAUUUGUGGCGGACCAGCCUCUACCUGGCUGCCUCAGCCAGUGCAGAGUUCUUUGCUGACGUUGCUCUGGCUCCAAUGGAAGCAGUCAAGGUACGAAUUCAGACCCAGGAAGGCUAUGCCAACACACUGAGGGAUGCGGCUCCAAAGAUGUUCAUUGAAGAGGGGCUGUGGGCUUUCUACAAGGGAGUGGGCCCACUCUGGAUGCGCCAGAUCCCUUAUACCAUGAUGAAGUUUGCCUGUUUUGAACGAACUGUAGAAGCUCUCUAUAAAUAUGUCAUGCCCAAACCUCGUGAUCAGUGCACCAAAAUGGAACAACUUGGAGUCACCUUUGUUGGUGGUUAUAUUGCUGGUGUCUUCUGUGCUAUUGUUUCACACCCAGCUGACUCUGUAGUAUCUGUGCUCAACAAAGAAAAGGGCAGCACUGCUGUUGAAGUUGUCAAGAGGCUGGGCAUAUAUGGCAUCUGGAAAGGCCUCUUCACCCGUAUCCUGAUGAUUGGUACCCUAACCGCCCUGCAAUGGUUCAUCUAUGACUCAUUUAAAGUUUAUCUCAAGCUCCCUCGGCCUCCACCACCUGAGAUGCCCGCCUCUUUGAGAGAGGGGUUGUCAUUAAAAUAG